AUGUUCACCUACAAGUCCGUCGUCGCCAUCGUUAUUGCCGUCUCUAAUCUCGCCCAGGCGGCGAGCGUCCCUCAAUGGCACCCGGCCGGCCCUAGCGACAUCCGCGGCCCCUGCCCGGUCCUGAACUCCUUUGCGAACCACGGUCUUCUCGAUCGCGAUGGCAUGAGAAUCAAGCUCACCAAGUUCGUUUCGGCCCAGGUGUCGAUGAACGUUGCCGUGGAUUUGGCAUCAACGUUGGCAUUCGGUGGACCUGCUGUGCGUGUGCCGACCCAUCUGGACGGUUUGGCGAUUACGAUGGGUUUGGACGACCUUCGCAAGCACAACGGUAUCGAGCACGACGCCAGUUUGUCUAGAAAAGACUACGUGGACGGCCAGGACAACUAUACAUUCAACCGCACGAUGUACAACGAGUUCAUCUCCUUCGCAAACCCCUCAACAGGCCACAUCGACGCCAAAUCCCUCGCCGGCAUCCGUCUCCUUCGCCAAAAGCAAUCGAAGGCCAACAACCCUUACUACACAUUCGACCCCAUCCACGCCACCAUUGCUCACGGUGAAGCGGGACUGAUCUUGGCUUACUUUGGCCACCAGUUCGGUGACACGAUUCCCACUGCCUACCUUGACGCCCUGUUUAUCGAGGAGCGUUUGCCAUUUAACGAAGGAUGGGUGCCUCCUACAAUACCCGUCGGUCUUGCCAAGACCACCCAGCAAAUUGCCUUUAUCGUUGCUGAGGAGGCCAAGCUCAGUCUCUGA